UAAAGUUCAAGGUUGCUUAUAUAUACAGUAUGAACUAUAUCUACGCAACUUUAUCUAUUUUUUUACGAAUGCCAUUACAAAGCAUUUACUUUUUUUCCCAUGUGAAAAUGUUAAUGUUUUGCAGUACACAAUUAUGCAAUUUAAGACGUUCGCCCCCAUUGGUUGCUUCAACCACCUUAUAUAGAUAAAGUCCCACCCAGCUGUAAUAGUCUCCACCUCAACUGAAUAUAAGUCAGAGUCAUUUGGAGAUAUGGAGAACUUUAAGCUAUAUUACCUGCUUGUUUAGUAUCGGCCUUGAUCUCCUCCAUCCGGAUCUGUGAGAUAUUUUUUACACCAUUGAUAGAAUGACUAUCGUACGGUUGCUUGUGAGUCUCUUACUCUUUGGUUCAGCUGAAGCUGGGAAGCUGUUGGUUAUUCCGUCUGAUGGCAGCCAUUGGCUUGGGAUGAAGCCUAUUGUGGAAGAGCUGGGAAGGAGAGGAAAUCAGGUGGUGGUGGUCAUCCCAGAUGCAAGUCUGAGUAUGGGUCCAUCAGAUCACACCACCACUCUUUCUUAUCCAGUGCCUUACACUAAAGCCGAAUUAAGCGAGCAGUUAGAAGGCAAUUUAACCCAAAUUCUGAACAUUGAUCUUUCUUCAAACCUGUCCAAGUUCCUGUGGUUCUUCAACCAAAUUACAUUUCUUCAGAAGUUCAUAGUAAGAAACGCAGAGGACCUGCUGUUUGAUGAUAACUUGAUGAAGAAACUGCAAGACUACAACUUUGAUGCUAUUCUCACAGACCCGUUUGAACCUGUCGGAGUUAUUGUUGGUGAAUAUCUCUCAAUUCCAGCUAUUUAUAUGCAAAUAAACCUUCCUUGUGGCAUUGACACUCUUGCCAGCCAAUGCCCAAGUCCACCCUCCUAUGUUCCCCAGCGUAACACCCACUUUACAGACCAUAUGAAUUUUGGGCAGAGGUGUGUGAACCUGAUAAGAAGUCUCCUGCAGCACACGUCCUGUAAAGUUUUGCAUGCUAAUGCGGAUGAGAUUGCCACACGUUUACUUCGCCGAAAAACAUCAUUGAUGGAGAUCAUGAGCCGUGCUGCUCUCUGGUUUAUGCGUUUUGACUUUGCUUUUGAAUUUCCACGGCCAGUGAUGCCCAACAUGAUCAUGAUUGGAGGGAUGGCAGCCAAGAAACCGAAACCUUUAUCACAAAGCUUUUUGAUUGAUAGCCGUUUUGUUAAAGCUCCACUGUGUAAGAUCUACUCCCAUCUAGCGGUGAAAGUCUAUAUGACAAGCAACUAA